GGUCGUGCGCAGGCCCAGGGGCGUGUGCUGGCCAUAUCCCUUGAGCCAGAAAAAGGGCGUGUGCAGGCGGCGGGGGCGCGUGCAUGGUGCCUUCCACCCGGGCGGAGCUUUUGCGCUCGACCCAAUACUCUCCGCUAUAAAGGUCGCGCUCCGCGUGCUUCUCUCCAUCACGCUCCUAGAACUCUUCAAACCGAUCUCUCGUCGAUCUUCAACCGCCGCCUCCACUCGCCAUGGACCCCAACUGCUCCUGUGCCUCCGAUGGAUCCUGCUCCUGCGCUGGCGCCUGCAAAUGCAAACAAUGCAAAUGUACUUCCUGCAAGAAAAGCUGCUGCUCCUGCUGCCCCGUGGGCUGUGCGAAGUGCUCCCAGGGCUGCAUCUGCAAAGAGGCUUCCGACAAGUGCAGCUGCUGUGCCUGAAGGGGGGCGGAGGGGUCCCCACAUCUGUGUAAAUAGACCAUGUAGAAGCCUAGCCUUUUUUGUACAACCCUGACUCGUUCUCCACAACUUUUUCUAUAAAGCAUGUAACUGACAAUAAAAGCCGUUGACUUGAUUAAUUC